UUUAACGAUACAAAUUAAAAAAAAUUAAAUUAAGCCUAUUCUUAAUCCCUAAAUUCCUAAAAUGAAAACACGCUUAGUCGGUCCCUCACCCUCCUCCUAGACAGAUCACCCUUCACUGUCGGUUCAUCUUAUCUCUGACCUCAACCGGCGCCGUUCAGGCAGAACUCACUCUCUCCACUCGAUUCACAGCCGGCAGCCUCUACAACCCACCCCUCACAGCCUCUUUCCGUCGCUCAACUCAGCCCUUGCAAUCGGUAGUCAGUCGCGCAACUCGCAAGCAGUGCAAUCGGUAGUCAGUCGCGCAGCUCGCAAGCAGUGCGAUCGGUAGUCAAUUGCGCAGCUCGCAAGCAGCAAGCUCGUCGCCUCCGUCUCACACCCUGAGGUUUCUGCAAAUUUAUUAAUCGGUUCAUUUGAAAUCUGUUGAUUGUUUAAAUUUCAUAAUACAGAUCGUUGAAUAUAUUCUGCUGGAAAAAUGCACCCUCCUCUUACUUUACACAGGCAUCCAAUGUGUGCUGAAAUCAUCGAGGAGUUCCAAAAGUGUCAUUUAGAGCAUCCAAUAGCUAAAUUCUUCGGUGAAUGUACAGAAUUAAAGAUAAAGCUCGAUCGCUGUUUCCGACAGGAAAAAGCUUUGAAGAGGAAGGCCAAUUUUGAACAGAGUAAGAAACUGAAAGAAAGACUUCAGGCGUUAAGGAAGGAAACUGCUGAAAGCGAUUCAUGAAUCUGUUUUACGAUGCUGUGGUUGGUUGGGCCACAGUUAUUUGCUUGGUGCUACAAAAAAUUGUUUAAUUGUUUCCGUUGCCUACUUGAGAAUGAUAUAUGAUGAACAAAGAUUGUGGUUCCUUCUUGAUUUUACAUAAAGAAACUUUGAUUAUAUACCUAUGUACUUGGACUGCUGAAAAUCUUAAAUAACAAUUCCCUUAACUUUA